AUGCUCGCGAAACUCCCUGGUGUCAGCUCGGACAUCAAUGCUAGCAUCAUUGAUUAUGGCAAUACACAACACCCUGCUACGGAAGGGACUAGUUCCCCACAUCCUCCAUUUGAUAAUAUUCUAAAUUUUCGUGAUGUGGGAGCAUAUGUCAAUCGCUUAUGCGGAUCACGGUAUGAAAAACCGCCCCAGAAGGCGACCUCUCCCCCGGUUGGCCUUUUAGCUGUCGUUCUGGUUCAACCUUUGGGUAUCUGCUACGCAGUUACAGCACUAUGUGUUCUGAAAGAAGGUAUCCUGUUCCGAAGUGCUAGGUGGAUAUAUGGCGUUCUACCAUUGCUGCUCCGUCUAAGCACCCUCAAUGGUAAAGCGAAUGGAAAGCCAUGUUUCACAAAACUCAACAAUAUUAGAACGUAUUCCAGAAGUUUGCUAAUGAUAAGAAUUAAGCCGGACGAUGCCUCACAACGGGAUCAGGAGCGUUUAACCAAUGAGCUACGUUUAGCUUCUAUUAUUGAUCUCAGGUCAACAACUGAGCAUACCAUGGCGGCCAACCGACGUCUUGCUAAUGAACGAAUCGCUGCAGAAGAAGGAGCAGAAACUUCUCUGCAACCAAAAUCAAUAGCGAAUGAUGAGCACCUCGUGAACCUUCCGGGAGUGCGUCGAAUCAUGCUCAGCCUGGCCGGGUGGAACUUCGAAAAGACAUUGUUAUGGAGAUUAAGUUGGUUUAAUAUACUAAAGUUCUUCUCCCUCCUUGCAUCUGGCUACCGUGGUGCCGCCACGAGAUUGAUCGUCGAGCAAACUAUUGUUCCCCGUGGCCUCAAUGGGCUUGCCCGUGAUACGCUUACAGCCAGCCAGGCAGAGAUCAAAGAACUGUUCGGAUAUCUAAGCGAACCCAGCAUAUAUCCAACAGUCAUACAUUGCACGCAGGGCAAGGACCGCACGGGGUUAGUGGUUAUCCUGCUCCUGUUAUUAGUCUCCUCUGGGGAGAUGAAGAGGGAGGAGAGUGAAGCAGAAGCGCCCGGUGGAGAAGCAUAUGCAGCUCUGGGUAGGCCUCAAGGCACGGUCGUAGUCACAGGAACAGGAACAGGAACAGGAACAGGCAAAGCCAAGAUCCCCCUCUCUGUAAUAACGAGCGACUACCGCCUUUCGGAGGGAGAACUAACCCCCGAGCUAGAAGAGCGUUUGCGGGAGAUGAAUCAACUGGGGCUUCCGGAUGAGUUUGCAAAGUGUUGGGAUGGGUUUACGGAGGACGUUGUUGAAUUUUUGGAGGAGAGGUAUGGUGGCAUUAGAGGCUAUCUGAAAGCUGUUGGGGUGGACGCGGGGGCUGUUGAGAUGGUUAGGGGCCUGUUAGGGGCCUGCUAG